GACAUGAUUCGGGUUUGCUAAUUUUAAUGUUUUUAACAUAGAAAAGGAAUAGUGAACGAUCUGGGUGUUCUUUUUUUCUUAUUUUUUUAAGUGGGCGUUCUAAAUCUGAAAAAGGGGAGGUUGUAACUGUGUCUCUCGUGAACUUUCUUCUACUUCUUAAAUAUAUUUCUUUCUUUUUCGUUAAAAAAAACUUUUUGUACAAAGAAAGUAAUAAUAAACCACGUGAAAGAUCUUUCGAGGAAAAGGCUGCAAAAACGAGAUCGAAUUUCUUCUUUCUUCUUUUCCAGAUACAUAACUAUGGCCUCGAGAGCUCAUCCUGUGGACGGUGAUGUAAGUUCAGCAACGGACGGUGGAGAUCUCCCGAUCAAAUCGUCGCCUCACAGGCAUAAAGUUGGGGUCCCACCGAAGCAGAACAUGUUCCAUGACUUCAUGUACACGUUCAAAGAAACUUUCUUCCAUGAUGAUCCUCUCAGACAUUUUAAGGACCAGCCUAAGUCCAAGCAGUUCAUGCUCGGUCUCCAGUCUGUCUUCCCGGUUUUCGAUUGGGGGCGUAGCUACAAUCUCAAGAAGUUUCGUGGUGAUCUCAUUGCCGGUUUAACUAUUGCCAGUCUCUGUAUUCCUCAGGAUAUUGGAUAUGCUAAGCUCGCUAAUCUGGACCCUAAAUACGGUUUAUAUUCGAGUUUUGUACCUCCAUUGGUGUAUGCAUGUAUGGGGAGUUCUAGGGAUAUAGCAAUCGGACCCGUCGCUGUGGUUUCUCUGCUGCUAGGUACUCUCCUUCGAGCUGAGGUCGAUCCAGUCACAAACCCUGAUGAGUACCUCCGACUUGCCUUCACCGCCACGUUUUUCGCCGGUGUCACUGAAGCAGCCCUUGGAUUCUUUAGGUUAGGGUUCUUGAUUGAUUUCCUUUCCCACGCGGCUGUGGUUGGAUUCAUGGGUGGUGCAGCCAUCACAAUUGCUCUUCAACAGCUCAAAGGGUUCCUAGGGAUCAAAAAAUUCACCAAGAAAACCGAUAUCAUUCAUGUUUUAGAUUCUGUCUUCAACGCAGCACAUCACGGCUGGAAUUGGCAGACUAUACUCAUUGGUGCAUCCUUCUUGACCUUCCUUCUCACUUCUAAACUCAUUGGGAAAAAGAACAAGAAACUGUUCUGGGUUCCGGCGGUUGCACCGUUGAUAUCAGUUAUCAUUUCCACCUUCUUUGUCUACAUAACCCGAGCCGACAAACAAGGAGUCCAAAUUGUGAAACAUCUUGACAAAGGGAUCAAUCCUUCCUCUUUUGAUCAAAUUUACUUCUCCGGAGAUAACUUGGCAAAGGGGAUUCGCAUCGGUGUAGUCGCUGGAAUGGUCGCCCUAACAGAAGCUGUAGCGAUUGGAAGAACGUUUGCUGCAAUGAAAGACUACCAGAUCGACGGCAACAAAGAGAUGGUAGCACUAGGUGUUAUGAACGUUGUUGGAUCCAUGUCUUCUUGCUACGUGGCGACAGGAUCGUUCUCAAGAUCAGCUGUAAACUUCAUGGCUGGAUGUCAAACUGCGGUUUCCAACAUCAUAAUGUCAAUCGUUGUUCUCUUGACACUGCUCUUCCUCACUCCUCUCUUCAAGUACACACCAAACGCCAUCCUAGCAGCUAUUAUCAUCAACGCAGUGAUUCCUCUGGUUGAUAUCCAAGCAGCUAUUUUGAUCUUCAAGGUCGAUAAGCUAGACUUCAUCGCUUGUAUGGGAGCUUUCUUUGGCGUCAUCUUUGUUUCCGUUGAGAUAGGACUUCUCAUUGCCGUCUCUAUAUCGUUUGCUAAGAUUCUCUUGCAAGUAACAAGACCUAGAACCGCAGUUCUUGGAAACAUUCCAAGAACUUCAGUAUACCGAAACAUCCAACAGUAUCCUGAAGCCACCAUGGUUCCAGGGGUUCUUACCAUUCGUGUUGACUCCGCGAUUUACUUCUCUAACUCAAAUUACGUCAGAGAAAGGAUCCAAAGAUGGUUACUAGAGGAAGAAGAGAAGGUGAAGGCAGCAAGCCUACCUAGGAUCCAGUUUCUGAUCAUUGAAAUGUCACCUGUUACGGACAUCGACACAAGUGGUAUUCACGCCCUAGAAGACUUAUACAAAUCUCUCCAGAAAAGAGAUAUUCAGUUGGUUCUUGCGAACCCUGGACCGUUGGUGAUUGGGAAGCUACACUUGUCGCACUUUGCUGACAUGCUAGGACACGACCAUAUCUUUCUGACGGUGGCUGAUGCCGUGGAAACUUGCUGUCCAAAACUCUCAGACGAGGUCUGAGAUUUAAAAGAAAGAAGAAGAUGAAGAUAAUGACG